CGGCUACACUUACUUGCACACAACACUCGAAAAAAAUCAAAUCAUUUGGAGCCAAAUGAGUGGCGCCACCAAAUAAUGCCAGGACGCUGCUCACUCUCUCACGCAACGUAGUGAUCGUCACAGCCACAAGAAUUUUGCCACAAGAUUCCCAUAUGGGGUCUCACCGUUGGAAUCCCAACAAACCCCCAACGUUUCUUCUUCUUUAUAACGUUUUUCUCCAUCUUCACAUCCAACCCCACGAACAAUGGAGGCUCUUCUUCCGACCCUCGACUUCAAACUGCCUCUUUUCUCUCCAUCUUCAACAGAUCUUCCCACACCCAUCUCGUCUUCUAUCCGUUUUUGCCGGUUGUUGAACUCCAGCCACCGUGGAAGGCGGAAAUGGAAGGUGCUCGCCGCCGCCAGCGAGUCUGAAAGUGAAUCUGCCCAGCAGAGUUUUAUUGGGUCUUUCGGGAAAUGUGUUAUGGGGUUUGCUGCUACUGCCGCUGCUUUAAGCUCCGUUUGCUGUGGUUCCCCUGCUCUUGCUGAAUCUCUCACCGUUGCAUUCCCUGUUUCACGUGCUCCUGAGGUGAAUACAGUUCAAAGAACUCUGAUUGAGGCUUGGGGAUUGAUCAGAGAAACAUUCGUUGAUCCUACUUUUAAUCAUCAAGAUUGGGACUUGAAGUUGCAGCAAACAAUGGUGGAAAUGUUUCCUUUGAAGUCGGGAGAUGCAGCAUAUAGGAAAGUCAGUGCAAUGCUCUCUACGCUUGGUGAUCCAUUUACACGGAUUAUAAGCCCAAAGGAAUAUCAAAGCUUCAGAAUUGGCAACGAUGGCAACUUGCAGGGAGUAGGCCUCUUCAUCAAUGUCGAACCAUUAACUGGCCACUUGAUUGUUUUAUCCAUCAUAGAUGGUAGCCCUGCUGCACGUGCUGGCAUACAUGAAGGAGAUGAGCUGGUUGAAAUUAAUGGGGAAAGACUGGAUGGUGUUGAUAGUGAAACAGUAGCACAAAAACUACGAGGGCGUGUGGGAACAAUAGUCACUGUGAAAGUUCAUGAUGUUAGAGAUGUGAGCAACUCGAGCAUCAGAGAGGUCAAAAUUCCAAGAGAAUACAUUAAACUCUCUCCAGUAUCCAGUGCGAUUAUUCCACAUAGAACACAAGAUGGCCAAUUGUCCAAGACUGGCUAUGUUAAAUUAUUAGCCUUCUCUCAGACUGCAGCCUCUGACAUGGAAAGCACAAUUCAUGAAAUGGAAAGCCAGGGUGUGCAGUCAUACAUUCUUGACUUGCGGAACAACCCAGGAGGGCUUGUAAAAGCUGGGCUUGAAGUUGCCCAAAUAUGGCUCGAUGGGGAUGAAACUCUAGUAAAUACAAUUGAUCGAGAUGGGAAUAUGUCACCUAUUAAUAUGAUUGAUGGUCACGCUAUAACACAUGAUCCACUUGUUGUACUUGAGAAUAAGCAGAACGUUCAAGGAACAAUGUCUUCAUGGCAAACUGAAUUAGUGUUGAAGGGUCAGAGGUAGUCUGGCUGUAAAAAUAUCCAUAGUCUGAUUGGAAUGAAAGACCUCCGGUAUGGCUAGUGACAGGUUACAUAAUAGAUAGGAUUGGUGUUAGCUCAGAAACACAGACGCUUUUUAGGUAGGGUGCCUAGUCUAUGAUAAGACCCCGAGGUUGAAAGUAUAUACUCAAAGGCAUAGGGAGAGUAAUUAAGGGGGAAAACAUGUGCUCUGGGCUCUUAGGAGUUCUGUUAAUUAUGUGGGCCAGGAAGUUUGUUAGAUGGUUUAGUUGCUUGCUUCUUCUUUAAAUACUUGUGUUGCUGGGGGAAUUAUCUUUUGGCUAGUAUUUUGUACUUAGACUCUCUUUUGAGUAUUGGGAGAGAUUGGGAAAGCUCUGUAAGACUUUUCCUAGUUCUUGAUAAAUAAAAUAAUAGGCGAGAGCCUAUCAGCCUAUUUUGAACACGUGUCAGACACUUAAAUUUCCAUGUCCUAUUUUUAGUUAUCCAUUUUAAGUUUCAAACCCAUGGGACACUUCCUACAUACGCUUGAGAAACUGUUUUGAUGAGAAAAUGGUCUAGACCCAAAUUUAAAGCCCAAAUCAGUAUCAUUAUAUGUUAAGAUACAAUAGAAAAGGGAAAAAAUAAUGCAUGAACCAUUUAUAGAUUUACUAUUGUCAGGGCUCUGCUCUAUUUGUUUGCAUAUGCCUCUAGUUUCUUGAUUUUCUCUUUCUUUAUUUGUUUUCUCAGAGGUUGUAUCCCUUAAGCGUGUUUUCUGUUUAUUAGAUCAAUGAGAAGUUGUUUGUUACUGAAAGAAAUCUAGAUAUGACUUAGCUUAUUUGGAAAGAUUUAAGUGUGUAUUUUUUUAGGAAAGAAAAAAGUGCAUGCAUUCAGUAUGAGUGGUUUUGGAAAUUCUACAAAAACUUGAAGAUAAAGACUAACCAACUUUGGGGAACUCAGUAAUUUCGUUAUGCUUUGAGUAUAAUCCAUCUUGGACUAGUCUAGUGGUCAAGGGCAAAUGUAAAUAAUAACAAGCUUAGAGUGAAUGGAUUCAAGUCAUGGUGAUCGUCUACUUACAAUUUAGUAAUUUAUGAGUUCCAUUGACAAUCACAUGUUGUAUGAUUAGGUGAUUGUCACAUGAAUGUGGUUUAUGACUGCAUAAGGUUGUUUGGACAUUCAUAGAGAUUAUAAAAGAAAAAAAAGUGAGUAUAUUUGGGAGUAUUUUGGUCAAUAAUUUUUGUCGUGAAUAAAAAUGAUAAUCUCUCAAUUCCUUAUAUUUAAGAUUUACAUAGAAGUGGCAAAAGUGAGCAUAGCUCAACUGUUGCUAACAUCAAAACUUCAAAUUCCCUGUAACUUUUCUUUUUUCAUGCGAAAAGACACUUUUCAUUCAUCAAAGAAAAGAAAAUAUGAAAGAGAAACCUAAAACUAAAUUAUCCUCAAACAUUUAAUGCUUCUUCUAAAGUACGUAUAGAAAAAGAGCUCUCACUGAAAGCAGUCUCAAAAGCUAUCCCAAACACAAUAUAAAAUUUUAUGGACAAAAAACAAACGGGAUGUUCUCCAAUGGGUAUGUUUUUCUUCCGGUCUUUGGUUUCAAGAUGGGAGAAGUCCUGUCUCAUUUGUCCUUUCACAGUUCCUUUGGUGGCAACUGUUGGGAGCAUCUGUAUGUAAAGUAAGAAUAAAGCUAAUUUGUUAUAGGUUGAUUUGAUGUUGUAUUCUAACAUCCAGUCUCUCCCUAUUUGGUUUCAAAUGUAUCAAAGAAUAUUUAGAGGGAAAAUACAUAAAUUAGUAUGCAAGAUGGGAUGCUGGUGGUCUUACUUUAUUUUUUGGAAUUUGUGAGUACAGAAAAUAAAUUCUAGUAAUUCAUUCAGUAGGGAUGACCAAAGGAAUAUGAGACCUAGGCUAUUUAUUAAGAGAUGUCGGUUCACGAACAUAAAUUGGAAGUAGAAGAUGCUAAUUAGAAAUGGUAAAGAUGAAAUGCCAUCGAUAUUAGUAACUCAUUAAUGACUAUAUCAACCAAUAUUUCGGGAAAAUCACAAACAUAGCGAAAAUUUGUAAAACUAGUGUGAUUCUUAUUGUGAAACAUCAUAACAAGUUUAUUUAAGACAAACUACUUCCAUAAACAUAUGUAUACAAAAUUACAAGCCAAAUGUGAUUGAUAAUAUAAAAAGAAACGAUAUUGAAGUGAAGAUAGGAGAAAUAAAAAGAAAUGAAUUUGAAUUUGAAUACUGCAUUGAAUAAUAAAUUUUAAAAUGAAGAGUAAGAUACAUAUAUGAAAAAAUGAUUCAAGUAGAAGAAACUAAUAGUAUAAAAUAACAUAUGAAAUAAUCAUAUAAGGAUAAUCGUUAACUCUUUCGUGAACAAAUGUUAUCAAUAAAAUAAAAUUUUUAAUUAAAUAUGAAAGAGAAAACUUCAUUGAAAAACAAAGAAUCAAAAUCAAAAUAGAGUGACAAAGAGAUGAUGAACAACUUAUUGAAAAAACAAUGAAUAAAUAGGGAGAGUAGUAAUAAUUUUGAACUCAAGGACACAAAUGUAUAUCCGACAGAACAGAUCCUGUUGAAGUAAGGUCAUUAUAGCGAGUGGUAAUAAUUAAAAGGGGCAUUUUGCUUAUAUUUGCAAACAUUUUUCAGCAAUUUUGUCAUUUACAAUAAUUUUCCUAAUCAAAAUAAUGGGUAGAAAAAUAUAUAAAAUGAAAAUUGACAAACUUCUCUUGUUACAUCUACGUGUACUUUCCUAGAUUUAAUUACUUGAUGUAUUAGUAGCUAAGUUCCCUUGGAUUUAAUCUCUCAAUGACUUUCAGAGUUCAAACAAAGUGAAAGAAUUGGUUCUGCUUCAUAAUGUGAGACGUCUUCACUAAGUUCCUUAGAAAUUGGUUUUUCCUUUUUCAUUCGUAAUCCAACCUCACACUCUCAAACUUAAGGAACUUCAGGAUUGUUGGUUGUGCAAUUCAUCAUAUUUACCAAGAACUGUUUCAAGAUCAAUUUGUUCUAUGAUGUCCUUCCUGAUUGCUGUUAAUGUUUCUCAUUGAUCAAUUAUGUUAUUCCUUAGUAUUUAGUUGAUUAUUUGUGCAUGCAUUAGCUAACGACUUCUGUCAUACUCUAAUAUUGAAAUCGUCACGUAGAUGAAACCUGUUAUAAGAAA